CUCCGGCUCACAGGCAGGAGCCGGCUCCGAUCGUUCACUUCAAAGAGCCGUCUACGAGAGCAGUUUUGUUCGCGACCGACACAUCACUAGUGGCCACAAAACAACGGAAGGUGAACAAGCAGGUUUAUUAUUUACUGACCUUUCAGAUACACUUUGCAUUCCUGAAAAAUCUGGCUUUUUCUUUAAUAUCCAUUUUUUUUACCUGAUAUGGGCUAUAACUUCCGACUAUGACGCUUUAGUAUUUUACGUGACAACUGGACAUUUUUGGUUUCAGUUUUUACAGUAAAUUUUAGCCAGCAAAAAAUGACCGUUGUUUAUAUUUCAAAAGUAGUUUGUAUUUACUUCACGCUGUGUUACCUUCAGCACUGUGCAGCUGUCCAUUCCAUGGAAUUUUAUUUCAUGGGAUCACAAGGACUUCAGUUACCUGAGUAUCUCGAAGUUAUCACAGUGGAUAAUGUGACAGUGUUUUCCUACAACAGCACAAUGAGGUCUAGAGUGCCCCUUCCUGAUUGGCUGAAAAAUCACGAUGAGAAGCAGCACUGGGAGGACAUUAACACCAUAGCAAUAUUGAACCAGAAUAAUAUGGCAAAAGCAAUGGAAGUUGUUUCCCAGCAUAUUAAUCAAACUGGAGAAUCUCCAUUAAAAAUCCAUUCCUACCAAGGAUAUGGUCGUUGUGAUCUACACCCAGAUGGACAAAGUCAGGGUUUUUUGACGCAUGCGUAUAACGGCAGAGACUUUUUGACUUUUGAUGUGAACAACAAAGCCUGGAUCGCCGUAAUGCCAGAAGCUGCUGUCUACAAGAGGGAACGGGAAAAAAGUCCCAUUUUGGUUGAACGCAUAGCUAACUUUUAUCAGUAUGACUGUGCUGAAAGGCUGAAGGUAUUCCAAAAAUAUGCUCCUGUGUUGCAAAGUAAGAAAAAACCAACGGCUUUCUUAUAUGAGAGAAAAGACUCCGAUUUUUUUAAAGUUACUUGUCAUGUGACUGGAUUCUACCCCUGGGAGGUGCAAGUGGAGUGGCGGAAAGAUGGCUGGCUGCCCCUAGUAGAGGGAGUGACCAGUGGUGAGGUUCUGCCCAAUGGAGAUGGCACUUUGCAGCUGAAGAAGACACUCACAAUAUCGAGAGGAAACCAGGGAUGUGUGACCACUCAGAGCUACACGUGCCUGGUACAGCACAGCAGUCUGUCUGGGAACAUCACCAUGACAUGGGCCCCCAACAGAGAUUGUACUGCUGCCAUAACAGUUGGAGGACUGUCACUGAUCCUCAUUCUUAUCCUCAUCGUCUGGAAGUACAGAUCAAAGUUACAGCAGUGUGGUUCCCCGUCUGGCCUCCCGAACACUGGCAGUUUUGUCCUUGUGACACAGAGACGGGGGUCACAGUGAGCUCUGGGCACUUUUAUGAUAAAUAUUGAUCUUUAGAUCUCGCACAGCUGGGCUCAUCAACAAUAAGGAAAUUUAAUGUAAUCUUCUUAGUUGUGAUAUUAAUUCCGCAUCAUUACUUUUUUUUUUAUAUUCCUCCUAACAUUGUAUUUGUGUGGAAUUGUAUACUUUAUGUGGUGUUUUAUAGUCUAUAUCUAUUUCACAACAAUUCAGGUCUAGGGUAGGAAACUUCAAGCAAAAUCUGCGGAGUCAGUAGACAGUACGGAUUCAGUAUUGUGUUUAUUGUCCUGUGGAGUUUUUCUUUGAUUACUGACACGAUUUAUCUGUAAGUAUCAUGGUUUGUAUAAUACUUUGCAUUAUGCAAAAACAAUAUGUCCGGGACAGACUCCGAACCCCUCGCUACCCUGAAUGGGUCAAGUGGUUACAGGAAACGGACAGAUGGAUGGGUUUUCAGCUAGUGCUGCAUGCAAUGUUAUAUGUAAAUAUUAACUAAGUCUAUGUUUUUGUAACAAUCCUGUAUAUUAUUUAUUUGCAUUUUUAACUUUAUAACAAAGUCACUUUAUUCUGUAAAUAUCAAGAA